CCAUCGCUACCAUCACCAUCAUCAGCUAAUGUGUGAGGGAAGGGACGAGUGUUUAGUUGUCAUCACUGAUAUUAGCAGUUUUCAUCGUGUCCUUGUGUGGUGGUGGCGUGUGCACCAUGAAGGUUCAGGACGUGAUGGGGUGCAGCUUCCCAGCGUGGUAUGACAAGUUCAAGAAGUGCUCCAUCAAGAGCCUGGUGAUGCCCCUGACACCGGAGGUGCUUACCUACUUGCAGGAUGAUGGCACGCUGGUAUUGCCUGAGGGUUCACAGCCUGAAAUGACAUAUGAGCGUGGGCCCAUGCCUGAGGAGCCCACUCAGGACUGGGACCACUGUGAGACUUCUGGCAGUGUUGUUGAGGGCCCCAAACUAGAAGACUUCACCAACAAGAUCCGAGAUGCCAUUGCUAAACUGGGAGGAAGUGUAUUUCCCAAGCUAAACUGGAGUGCCCCAAAGGAUGCCUCUUGGAUUGCCUUCAAUAACUCUCUGAGGUGCAGCACCCCUGGGGAUGUUUUCCUUCUCCUCAAGAGCAGUAGCUUUGUGACCCAUGAUCUCACUGGCCCUUUUAAGGACUGUGAUGACUCAAGUGAGGCUGAUUCACAUAUUGACUACUGUCUUGUUCUCCGCAAGUGGAUGGACAUCAACCCAGCAUAUGAGUUCCGCUGUUUUGUAAGGGAUAAGGAACUUGUAGGUAUCUCUCAAAGGGAUGUAAGCCAGAGCUACUCCUGCAUUGGUGGAGAUCAUAACAAUAUUCGCAGCGACAUCAUCAGCUUUUGGCGGGAAAACAUUGAAAACAGAUUCCCUCUUCAAAGCUAUGUAUUUGAUGUGUACCGUCCAGCCAAGGACCGUGUACUUUUGCUGGACUUCAACCCAUUUGGAGAGACGACUGAUGGUCUCCUCUUCUCUUGGUCUGAGAUGUGCCAGUCAGAAGAUGAAGGACAAGGCUUGAGCAGGAUCAUUGAAGAUGAAAUCAGUGAAAUGAGGAUUGAGGACACUGAGGAUAGCAACAUGCUGCACUACAAUGAGAGGAAUCUGACAGACAGCAAUAGGCAAACACCUCCUCGUGAUGCCUUGCCAGAGUUCAGAUUCAUAUCAGAUGCAACAGGAGUACAGCCCAGUCCCUACAUGCAUUACGGUCUUCCAGUGGACAUCAGAGACCUCAGCACUGGCCAAGACCCUCACAAACUAAUAGAUUUUCUACAAAUGAAAAUCCAAAAUGAAGUUGAUGAAAGUUCUGAGGAUGAAGAAGUUCCCAGCUGAUUACCUGAGAGGAAUCAGUCCACUUGCUUCAUCUGCAUCACACAUGUAAUUGUAUUCACAGAACACAUUUAUUGCAUUCAAGGGAUUCAUGUACAAAGUUUUAUCUCCACCAUUUUAAUCAAGGCAUGCAAAUCAUGGUGACUAACACAUAUUUGGUUUUCAUGUUUGUCACAUCAUGGUCUGCAUGUAUUUGUAUAUUUUUAACAGCUUAUGUUAUUUCUGAGAGAGAGAGAGAGAGAGAGAGAGAGAGAGAGAGAGAGAGAGAGAGAGAGAGAUUCAUUAGUCUGUCAUUUGAAAUCUGUUAAACUGUUUAUUUAUUUACUUAACUUAUAUAUUGGUUUUCCCUUUGGGAGGAGGGACAGUCCGGUCACAUACUCCCUAGCUGGGUUGAAAGGAUACUCCACUGCAUUUCUUGUGUAUCAUAAGGGACAACUCAAAGCAAGGGGGCUAGGAAUCCCUUCCUUUGGAUUUUUAAUCCUAUAAUCAGGCUACCUUCCUUUGAAGGGAAUUUCAGCUUGGAAAGCAAGUCAGUAUAAACUUCUUUUUUUCUGCUUCUGGCAGUAAGUCAAAUGUUUCAUAACACACUCAUCAUCAUUGUCUUCAUAAUCUCUUUUCACAAAAAGAAUAGUCAACAAAUGCAAUAUAAUAGGCCAUAGUGAAAAUUGCUGCACUUUAAGUGAACCACACUGCCUUUGGUACUUGACUUAGAGUGUAGCUUAGUACUCCAAGGUAACUUGUCAUUGACAAGAAAUAUUGCUACAUUAUGCAUUACAUCUGAGAUAACCUGAGUGGAUCUCAACUUAGAAAAGGGUGUAACCUUCAAUCAUCCUUUCUGCCUUAUAUGUGUGUGUGUGUGUGUGUGUGUUAUUUUAUAUAAAGUGGUUUUCUUGUUCUUAAAUUCCAUAAUUGUAGCCUUGCUUAUACUUGCAUACUUCAGUCAGCAUUGUCAGGCAUGCCAUGCUGUGUGUGAAAUUGAUACCAUGUGGCAUCUGCUUUAUACAGAAUUUAAGGUUGUGCUAUUAGAUGUAUUAAUUUUCACUUGCAAGGAUAAUUUACUGCAUAUUGGCUUACAAUGGCAAUAGUCAUUAUAAUUAUGGGCAGCAUUACUGACUCUAAGCAAAAAAUGAUAGCAGUGCUAUUUGUCUAAGCAAAAAAUGAGAGCAUUGCUAUUUGUCGUAGAAAUGUUAAGUCCCAUAUGUAUGCUGUUUGCAUUAUCAAGAAUUGUAUAUAUUAUUAAUAAGUGCAAGCAUUACCUACUGUGUACAAGAUGAAGUGGCUGGCACCUUCCACUUCCACUCCUCAGUAGCAAUUACAAUGCUGUCGUGGGUCAUGUGGUUACACACAUACACCAACAUGAUAAUCUAGUGCAUAGAUAAUUAAUUGUGUAUACCAUUAUCUUCUGAUGAUACCAUCUGCUCCCAUAAAGGGUAAAGGGUGCUGUAUUUCAUGUUCAGGGUGAUUUUUACUAUCCCACAUAUUAAUCAAGAUGUUUUCUGAAGUAUUGAAGGACACAGUAAUGAGGUCAUCAUCAUUAGUGUAUACCAAAGUAUAUUUAUUAGGGCUAUGAAAAACAGUACAGGCUUCCACCAUAUAUUUCACAAAAUAACAUCUUUACUAAGUAAUAUCACAGCUGUUACAGAAUGAAAACUGAAAUGUCAACUAAUAUUGCUUACACAUUCCAAGAGUAAACCACCACAUACUGUGUUAUGAAAUAUCAGAGCUAUCAGUACAAAAGUUUAUGAGUAUACCCUUUGAAUAAUUAUUGUGUAAGUAGCCUUAUUCUUAACCUUCAAGCUGCUGUUGUAUGUAGUAAAUUUACUUUGUCACUUACGAACCCAAUAUUGAGCUUAGAUCACAGGUUGUGAAAUUUUGUUGGAAUAAUAGUAGACUUAUCAAGUGUCAUGUGAUUAAAGUAUAUUCACUAAAAAAAAAUUGAAGUUCUCGGCCCAAUUUUUUAAAGAUGGGUGUUAGUAAAUCACAGCACCAAGCACUUCGUUGUAUCUCCUUUUACUAAUUUAGCAAAUGUGUUUUUUUUAAACUCAGGGAAGGAGACAUGACAUGGUGUUAGGAGAACCCAACACCAACAACGCUCUUCACACAGGCUGGCAGCUCUGAAGUGUCAUGGACCAAAGCGAUCAGCUGUUUAAUAUUUUACUAUUUCCCUGCCUAAACAGUCUACAUUGAAGAGUGCAUUUGUAUAUAUAUAUAUAUAUAUAUAUAUAUAUAUAUAUAUAUAUAUAUAUAUAUAUAUAUAUAUAUAUAUAUAUAUAUAUAUAUAUAUACACACACACACACACACACACACACACACACAGAGGGUGUCUGAGAUAUGAAGUAACGAGUUAUGAAUGUUCAGAGAUACAAGUAGUCUACUCCCAAAAUGAAAUUGUGCUCUCAAUAUGGUUUCCCUUUGCUAAACAAAACUUCAAAUUUGGCACUACGCACGCCAUAUUUACCUAGUACACCACUUCGUCACUACCCACGCAGUGCAGCAGCAUAGCAAAGGAUUUCACACUGCCCAAGGACAUGGGCCCCAUAGCAGUUUAUUUUGAGAUGCUAGUUUAAAAUCUAAAUUUAAUUUUAAAAACUUGUACUGCACCACAGUGAGUCUGUCUAGCUUGAGAUUCCACAAUGUAUGGACCUUUGCCAGUCAGCCUCUGAGAGGUAUAAAGAUGGGAGGGUUGUGCUGCAUUGUGUAGAAAGCCUGCUCCAUUACAUUAAGUCUUUUAUGCUUUCAGCAAGCAAUCUUAAUAAAUUAUAUGAAUGAAGGUGUGUAUGACCUGAGAGAGAGAGAGAGAGAGAGAGAGAGAGAGAGAGAGAGAGAGAGAGAGAGAGAGAGAGAGAGAGAGAGAGAGAGAGAGAGAGAAUGAAUUACGAAAAAAAUAUUUAAUGCUUGACACACCAAUAAUUAUUACAGGAACCUGUGGCGUCUCCAAUGAGCUGACAUUAAAAAACAAAACAUACUAAUAGUCAGCUACAUUGGUAUUUGUAACUACUAACACCACUUUUAAAAAAUUGGGCCCUCAUAAGUUAAAAUAUCAAGUUGAUCUUGCAUAGAUAAUAGAGUACUAAAUAUGUAAAAAGCUAGAGGAGUAGAGAGUGGGAGGGAGGAAAAGAGUAGAUGGAGAAGGGAGAGGAACAGAGGGGAGAGGUGAGAGAGAGGAAAAGACAGGAAAGGGAGAAAAAGUUGGGAAGGAAAGGAAGAAUUGUUGGAGAGAGAGAGAGAAGGGAGGGGGGGACCACAAGCAAAGAAGUUUAUACUGGCUGGCUAGAAGUAACACCUUAUUGAAGAGUAGUUUAGAUUUUUGUUAAUAGCACUGCAUUAGCAUUAAACAAAAUGUAUUAUGAUCCCUAAAGUAGCAUCAUUUGCUAAUUUCUGAUUUCCCCUCACAGUGACAAGCAGUCCAUAAUGACCUGACGCCUGACUGUAAGUAUGCCAAGCUGGCAUCUGCUACGGAGUUUGGUAGUCUGUGGUGCAGGUACAGAGAUGUAGUGAGUUGUACUUCAUGCUUCAGUGGAUGCCAAGAUCACCAGGAACUGCCAUUCCAAGCUGAUGACCAACCACCUUAUCUGCACCUGCACCAUGGACUGAUACACUUCAUAAUGGAUGCCAGCUUAGCACAUUCACACUCAGGCAUUGGGUCAUUAUGGGCUGCUCUUGUCACUGUAGGAAAUAAGAGAAAUUAGCAAAUAAAUUUUGCUACAUAUUUUGUUUCAUUCAGAUGCAGUAUUAUCUACAAAAGCUAAGUAAUUUUCAACAGGCAGUGUAUCUUGAGCCAGCCUUUAUUUUUACAUUAUCUGCCAUAGCUCACAAUUAGACAUGACAUUAAGUGCAAAACUCAAAAUAGUUUGUGAAUGAUUGAUAAAAAAAUAAAAUAAAUAAAUAAAAAUAAUAAUUUGUCAAAGAAUUGCACCAUAAUUAUAAAAAAUUUUUAACACAUUUUACUGACUUGCAGCAGUUUGAGAAUGAAUACUAAACUAAAAUUGUUCCUCCUUACAGAUUAGUCUCAUGAAUGAACAUAUUGUAUUCAGAUUUUCCAUUAAAAUAUUUAUAGAAUCAUUUUGCAAGGUCCCUCAUCUGUCCUGGUGGUGGCUGGAGGCCACUGAGGAGGCACAUAUUGGUAAGGAAGUGAAUUCUGUUGUUUGCUUGUAUGAUAUUUUCUGAAAAAUCUGAAUACACCAUCCAUUACCAACCACUGCAAAACAAUGGUCAUAAGUAAAAUGGGUUAUAAAAACACUACAGAGCAGUUCUUAACAUAAACCAGUCAUAAUUUCUCUUUUGUUAACUCAGUCAUAAUUUCUCUUUUGUUAACUCAUAAAAAAAAAAAAAGUAAAUAUUUUGCAAUUAAUAAUGCACCGAAUGGUAUUAACCACAAUGGUUUAUCUGAUGUAUGAUGUGAACUAUGGCAGAUGAACAAGCAUGACUUACUCAGCAAACUUAUGUAACAAAAGUUAAUUGCAAACUCUUCUUGCACAAGUCUGCCAGCUUAUGGUGCUGCCAUCAUUUGAUUGUUGCAAGUGCAGUCAUCCCAACUGCUCAAGAUAUUUUAAAGAGUCUCUUCCUUCUUGUCACUCUCAAUGUGCCCACAGCCUAAGAUCCAAGAGAUUUAUUUAAGAAGGUAGGUGACUUUUUCCUAAUCUACUGAAAACUUGUCCAUCACUUAUCCUCAAUGUCUUGCUUUUACCACUUAACUACUUUUCUCUUACAUCUGUUGACCACAAUAUCCACUGGAAAAGUCAGUCAUGCAGGUGAAAAUGGGAGGCUACUUUGUAAUUUAAUGUGAUUAACACGGUUCAUCUCACACAAUAUCAAACCUAUGUAUAUCAAUUAUGACAUACUUAAGUUAUUUAGCUCCUAUGGCUGUUAAUUCAAAGGGCUUACAAGUUUUACAGGGUGUUACUUUAUCUCUAAAAGUGUAAUGCAAGAACACUGUUAAUAUGUUACUGAGUCACAUAAAACAGGCCAAAAAAAUCAAAUCACUCCAAGUGAAUCAGAGACCACUUAACAUAUUUGAGCUAUUAUUACAAAACCUGAAGAGCAAGUAUAAUAAUCUGCUUUAUCAUUAGUAUUGUACAACAUGUCCCUACAAAAAUUGUCUAUGAUAUAUUGAUUCAGAUCCUAUUUAUUAAAAUUAUGAAAAUUGUCUUCCUUCUCUUUCUCACACCUGGCACUUUAUAAGCUGAACUUUCCACACAAUAAUACAUAAAUAACUACAACGUAUAAGUAUGUGUGUCUUAGUAACAAUACAUUGGGCUUGUCAUUUACAUCCUUUGUUUACACAAACUGUUUAUGUUGCACAUGAUAAUCCCAAGUGUGGUGCAUUAAAGUACCUACAUGAUAAGCAAGCAGUCAGUCAUGGGAUGGUGAUGUCAAUUUUCAUCCUUUGGAUGUAGACGUGCAUAAUUGUGAACUGUGACAUAACUUUAUGACAUGUUAGGUCUGCAGAGGGGGGGUAAUCAUUCGUGGAUCAACUGACUUGCAUAUUUAUAAACAUGGCAGAUUGUCUUGACAAACUGUUAAGGAUCUUACAGUACUUGCCCAGGGUUUUCCCUUUUUCAUUUAUGAAGUAUAUAUAUAUCUCAGCCAUGUAAACAGUACACCUGAUGUAUACAUAUAUUAGCAUACACAUACCUAAAUGAAAACAAGCUAGACUGGUUUGAUAUUUAGAAACAAUAAUGUACAAUUAUCAAAAAAUACAGAGCAAUAAAGUCUCUCUUAUUUUCAGAUCUGAGAGACCAGAUUUGAAAGAAUGCAAAGGAAUCCCAAUUGUCCAAGCAAACUGAAUUUUAGAAGGGAAGAGGGGAAAAAGGACAGUAUUUUAAAAAAUCACAACACUAUGCUCACCAUGUUCACCCAUAAUGGUAUAGUAUAUAAUAUGAUAUUACUUUUUUCUUCUUUCACUGAUCAUUUUCUUGCAUUUUUGUCCCAAUUCAUCCAUUACUCUAAUAUUUUUAAAAAGUUAUGCAAGUCUAAAGAUAGUGCAAAAACAAGUUGUGCAAAUUCUCAUGAAGCAAAGUAAUCAUGAUUCUCACACAAAUACAAUACUAGCUUUGAAUAUUUUACCACCUAUGACAAUAAACAAAUUGAAUGAGUAUGUAAGUUGCCAUGGGCACUGGAUAACAGGGAUUCUUUCAUACAUAGGAAUUUGAAACAAUUAAUUUGUACUGCAUACAACCACAAAUUAAUUUACAAGGUAUUCUGUAUAUAUAUCAAUGACCUCGAUAAACAACAAUGUGAAAACUUCUAAUUUAUUACCAGCAGACAUUUCUUUUCCGUAGAUGAACUCUGAACUCUGAUAUAUGGUGCAGUGCUAUCACUGUUUCAACAAUAUUGUGAAGGCAAUGUGUGUUCAACUUGCUGUUUACCUAUCUCAUCCAACCUUGGGGGCACAGUAGUAGAACCUGUGAUUCCUGACCUAAAGGUUGGGUGUUAAAUAGCAGAGUCUGUGAUUCCUGACCUAAAGGUUGGGUGUUCAAGUUUUGGCAAGUAACCUAAACUAAGCUCUAUAACCUUUCCUAAUAUGAAUAAAGUUCUAUUUCUAUUUUCAUGUCCAUUAUUGUGAAUAAAGUUUUCAAUCCCC